ACAGCAGGCAGAGCACGGCAGCGGCGCUACGCGAGCCACCAGUCGCGCUCCGACGCUCGACGGUGGAGCACGGGGCUGCCUACAUCCCAGGCGGCAGGCAGGCGCCACAGCGCCGCUACCCGUCACACGCUACCGGCCGCAUCGCGGGCAAGGUGUUACACCGCUGCAGCCUCGUGGUGAUUUCAUUUCUUUCUGUUUCUCGGGGACCCUUUACUGACUAUGAAGCGUCCGUACUUACCACUGCUAUUGCUGGCUGCAACCACCACUGUCUUCGGCCCCGCUGUAUUGUGCGCUAGAAUGGACCAACUUCAGAUCCUGGAUGGACUUCUUACGAGUGCCUAUGAUCGUCGCGCCACCCCCACCAACCACCUAAACAACGCGACAACGGUGCACUGUGAGCUAUAUAUUCGCAGCUUUGGAUCCAUCAGUCCCGUUACUAUGGACUACGAGGUAGACCUGUAUCUGCGGCAGAAGUGGCAAGACUCGCGACUGCGGCACUCCAACAUCACGGAGCCUCUAGAUCUUAAUGACCCCAACCUGGUGAAAGCGAUCUGGAAACCAGAGGUGUACUUUCCAAAUGCCAAACAUGCUGAAUUCCAGUUUGUGACGGUACCCAACGUGCUGGUACGCAUCCAUCCAGACGGAGAAAUCCUUUACAUGCUGAGAUUGAAGUUAACAUUUUCCUGCAUGAUGGAUCUCUCAAAGUUUCCACUAGACAGCCAAGUGUGCACGAUGGAAGUUGCUAGCUUUUCCAAAACCAUAGAGGAGCUCAGCCUUGAAUGGAAGACCCUAAAUCCAGUAAUCAUGGGGAAAGGAUUACGUAUGCCGCAGUUCGAGAUUGUGAAGAUUGCAGCGUCCGAUUGUCAGGAAUCCUUUCAAAUAGGCAACUACAGCUGUCUGGUGGCGGAGUUCCACCUGUCGCGGUCGGUGGGCUACCACCUGGUGCAGAGCUACCUGCCCACCAUGCUCAUCGUCGUCAUCUCGUGGGUCUCCUUCUGGAUGGACGUGGACUCCGUGCCGGGCCGCACCACGCUUGGCGUCACCACGCUGCUCGCCGUCUCCUCGCAGUCCUCGGGCAUCCAGAGCGGGCUGCCGCAGGUCAGCUACGUGAAGGCCAUCGACGUCUGGAUGGGCACCUGCACCGCGUUCGUGUUCUGCGCGCUGCUGGAGUUCACCAUCGUGAACUACAUGUGGCGCAAGUCGUCAGACCCGCUGCUGGCGGCCGUCGGGAUGUCUGCGGACGCCGUGACGACCAAUGGCAAGGCGGCCGCUGCCGGGGCUGGGGCUGGGACGACGGCGGCCACGCCCCCGGAGGCAGCCGCCGGGGCCGGCGCCGAGGCUGCUGUCGCAAGGACGCCCACGCAGGCCGUGAAGGGUGGCUGCCCGCCGGCGAUCGCCGCCUUCCCGCGACACAAACUGCGGGCCCGUCGCAUCGACGAACUGUCGCGGCUCUGCUUCCCACUGGCCUUCGCCUGCUUCAAUCUGCUGUACUGGGCCUACUACCUAGUGUGGUAAGCACCCUGCUCUACUGGGCCCACCAUCUCAUCCGGUGAGCCGCCUGCUCCACUCGCCUGCUAUCUGGUCUGGUGAGCAACGUGCUCUACUGGGCCGAUUACGUGGUCGGGUGAGCAGCCUACCCUACUGAGAGUAUUACCUGACCUGAUAAGUGUGACGGCUGCAGGUUGCCGGAAACCACGAGAGAUUACGUGAGGCAGUCCAGAGGGACACCAAGAUCUUCACCUGUUACUCUUUCAUCGUGUGAAAAGAGCGAGAACAUCGAUCGUUUGGCAGUUAUUACUACGUUACAUAAAAACUUCUUCUGCAUUGAAUCCCACUGAUGAGAACGAACUAUAAAUCUCAAUAACAACGGCAGAGUUUUGUUUUACUAUGUGGAACUUGAUAUACCCCUUGUGUAGCGUCCAUAGCGUUGAUAAAAUAGUGACAUCUCCAUGACUUUUAAGAAUGUGACAAAGAGAAACUUGAAAUCUUGUUGUUGCUCCAUGUAACCCCGAUGAAUGAUAAGAAAUCACUACUCUUCCUGUAGGAACAGGUAGGAACUUUGCUUAGAUGCAGUAAUUGCAGAGUAAAUUUUUCAUUCCUGAGCAGAGCGUAAGUGGUCAUGAAACUUACUGACAGAUCCAAACAAAAUCGGAAUUCGAGCAAUAGCCCAUAUUUUUCUCGGGAAAUAUUUGUAGAGAUUGAAAUGUAAGCGAACCAUACUAGCGUAUGGGAUGUUUGAGUUCUGUCAUGACUUAUGUCUUGAUAGCUCAGUUUUUUAGACCGAUACUCAAAACUAACAACCACUUUCCUAGUUCAGCAUGGUAUGCUAAAGAGGUCACGUGCGCUCUGAGGUGCAUACUGCCUGUCACAGCAAAAGAGAAAUACCAUACGUCGAAACACUGUACCAAUGAAUCGGUGCCAUGAAACUUGACCAACUUUCGAAUAACUGUACCUGCAUAACGUAAAUCUUCAACGAAGAAAUUUAAUAGAAUACCUAAUGUAGGUCGUUAUCAGUCGGUUCGUUUUUUUACAUCAACCUUACCCUGUGUUCAGUACAAAUGUUUGCACAUUGCAAAGAUUUUAUUUUAAUUUCAUGUAAUAAAAAACUGAACGAAUGUGUGUUAACAUAUGCAAGACACUUAAAUGUAUGUAAAGUUUAUCUCAGUAGCUGUCAUGAUAUCCUAAUUUUUCACUCUUCCCGUUCAGAAAACUAAUGUUUAUUAUUUCUGUUGCCAGCACCGACAGUUAUUUAGUUAUCGCCUGCCGUUCAUUAAUAUUUCGUAGACUAUAAAUAGUAAUAAGCAAAUGCUUCACCAAAAAACAAAUCAAUAUUUUUAUUGUGUACAUAUUUGUCAUCUAACAUACAACUCACUGAUGAAAAGAACAAUACGUCUCUACUGUAACCUCUGGCUGAGUAUUUGUCAUCUGUCUUACCACUGAUUCUAUUUUUGUGUGUACACUCACGUCCCAAAAAAAAACUAUUUUUAACAGACAUAAGGAAUGUAUAUAUUUUCAUUUCGUAAAUAUUUUGGGCACAAAUUACAGUCAAAUCACUAUGGGACGUCUCCUUUGUCAAAUAAAAUAACUAUUACCAUAUUUAAAGAACUUUUUAUGUUUAACAUGCCUGUGGUUUCUGAGCACAGACUACUUUACUUAUCCGACUGUACAUUUUUCUGAUGAAAUCUUCAUCCGAUUUCAUAGGUAUGUACCCACCUACGUUUUCCCCUACUGAGACAAAUAUCAGUAAGAUUGUGUGCUACGUUUGAACACCGAACCCAUCACGAUUUGAAUUUUACUUGGUUGGCUAAAUUUUUAUGACCCAGUCUAAUAUGUUUUUAAGGAGGCCGAAAGUGGAUAUUACAGUAGCACUGUUACACAAAUUUUGCCACUCAUUUAAUGACAGAAAUAAUAGUGAUGUAAACAUAAUACAUCUAUCUGCAUUGUAUCAUCUGGGUUCCAAGUUCAGCUCUUUAAUAAGUCAGAGAGAAAAAAUCCUGACUGUUCUUAAUUUAUAUAGCAGGCCUUCAUAAGAAAAAGGAAAUUUGAAUUUUGCAAUAGAGGUAAAAUGUUUGGUUUUCUUUCAACACAGUAAAUCUCCUAGUAACAUAUGUAUAUAUUGUCCUCAUCCAUUGUCUACAAACCUUUUCUACAGAUGUAGCAUUUACCCAUUUGUAUUUCGGGAGAUAUGAAUAUGUUUUAUUAAAAAUGCGCAGAUAUUCUUGAUGUCAUCUCUAUCAAAAUAAUGUUCUCCUUUUCUACUCAUUUCGAUAAUAUGUGAAUUCUAAUCAUAUUCACUAAGAUCUCUUUGUCUAUGAAUUCUAUGACUAAUAUAACUUCAGUUUUUGAUGCAAUAUCUGUACCAGUGUAAAAGGAAUAAUAAAUUAAACUAUCAUGUCA